CCUUCUACGGAGAGCGGCGGAGCCGGCAGAGGCUUUAUCGUAUAUGCACUCAUCGGCCUCGCCGCCAAUCCUUCACGGCGAUGUCAAGACGGCCAACAUCCUGCUCGACGGCAACCUCACCGCCAAAGUCGCGGACUUUGGGGCGUCGAAAUUGGCGCCUAGUGACGAAGCCGAGAUUGCGACAUUGGUGCAAGGCACCUGCGGAUACCUGGACCCGGAGUACCUCAUGACAUGCCAACUGACUGACAAGAGUGACGUGUAUAGCUUUGGUGUCGUUCUGUUGGAGCUUUUAACAGGAAAGAAGGUGAUCUGCUUCGAUGGGCCAGAGCAGGGCAAGAGCCUCGUGUCCCGAUUCACGAUAGCCGUGAAAACCAACCGACACGACGAGGUGCUUGAUAGCCGGGUGCGGAAGGAGAUGGGCCCCAAGGCAUUGGAAGAAGCCACACAUCUUGUGAUGCGAUGUGUGAGCAUGAGUGGGGAGGAGCGACCAACAAUGAAGGAAGUUGCCGAGAGGCUAGAGGCGUUGAGGAGGUACCAGCAGAACCCAUGGGGUCAGGCUGGUGCCAGAGAUCUAGAGGAGGGGCAAAGCUUGCAUGGCAGGGAGCAACAACAUGAUGUGACUUAUAAGUUUAUACCGCAAGAUGUGCUUGAUGUUGAAGAGGGCAGUACAUACACAUUUAGCUUGUAGAUUCAUCUAUUGUUGUUCGUGACCCUUUUGCAAUAUGUGACUCAAAUGUGUGAUUGAGUUGGGGUGGCUAGCUGGAUUAUUUGACUGAGGUGCAUAUUCUUCACCCCAGAUCCUUAAUAACAUUUCUAGUGUUACCUGGGGA